AUGGUUUACAGAGUGCUUCCAGUUGGUCUGAUUAACUCGGCCCAGAAAUACUUGACAGCAGAGAACUUCAAUUUCAGAGUGAAUGCUACCAGUACUAUCUUGAAGAUAAAGCAGAUCUGGACCAUAGAAUUUUUGAAGGAAAAUUCUCCUAUGGUCCACAUCAGGAGCUCUCUCAGGAGGUACUUAGCUGGAGAUAAUAAUGGGAAGAUCACAUGUGAUCGGGAGGUUCCCAAUCCAUAUAACAAGUUUGUGAUGAUUACGCAUCCAGAUGGCAAGGUCUCCUUCCAGUCCGAGGAGACUAAACGUUACUUGGGAGGAGCAGAGGACAAUAUUACUUGUUUUGCCCAGGCAAUCACAGAAAGUGAAAAAUGGGUAGUACACCUGGCCAUCCAUCCCAACAUCAACAUGUUCAACCAGGGCAAGAAGAAAUACCUGCGUUACGAAAUCAAUGAAAACGCAGUACAAUGUGACAGCGAAUUACCCUGGGGUCGAGACUGUGUUAUGACUCUCAUCUUCAACUUCAAAGAGAAGAAAUACAGCAUAAGGACAAGUAGUGGAGAUCUUAUUGCCUGCAACGGGAAGCUUGAGGGAUACCAGUCAUCAACGACCUUAUACACACCAGAGAUAAGGUGUGGAAUGUUUUGCUUAAAGGACACUGAAGGAAGAUUUCUGAGCGGAAGGGACAGCUAUAUCAGAACCUUCAAAACUGACAAUCCCAGUCUGGAUGAACUCUUCUCUCCUGACCCAAGCCCUGGGCAAGUCACCAUUCGAUCAUUGUUAAACUACAAAUAUGUUAGUCUUAGACCAGGUGCCGACGUCUCUGCUCAUCAGACGCAAGUGACGGAUACUGAGAUCUUUCAGAUAAUCAUCAAUAACACGACCAGAAAAGCUUGCUUUCGUGGUAUUUCAAAAGACUAUCUGUCAGUGGGUCCUCAAAAUACAAUUAUGACAAGCCCAAUUCUGACCGAUGAUUGUUGGUUUAAUAUUGUGUACAAUGGACCUAAGGUGACUAUAAAGACAGGAGAUGGAAAACUCCUCACCACAAAGUCCACUGGUCAGCUUGUAGUAGGAUACUUUGCAGCUGAUAAUUCUCAAGAAUUCAUUCUGAAACUCGUUAAUCGACCACUCCUAAUAUUGCAAAGUGAUUUUGGCUUUGUGGCAUUUGGUUCUGGGACACAAAGAUUAGAUGGAAACAGGCCCAUGUAUGAGGCAAGUAGGAUGACUUCUGAUGAAGAUGGCUAUUACCAAUUCAAACUUGUGUCCACAGACAAGUAUUGGGAAAUGGAUAAAGAUGGCUACAUCACUGGUACAGGAGAGCAGCCAAUCAACUUCAUUAUCCAGCUGGUCGGUUCUAAUGUUCUGAUCCUCAAGGCGCCCAAUGGCAAAUACAUGAUAGCACAACAGAGCGGAGACUUCAAAGCAACAGGGGAAGAUGCCAAGUCUGCCACAAUGUUUCUUUAUUGA